AUGAUUAAAGAUAACAAAGAAAUUAUUCCACUAAUGGGCAAGAAAGCAAAUCCGUCUGGUGUUCCCCCUUCAAACCAGCAAGAGAAAAAGACGACUGAAAGCACUCCCACAAAGAAAAGUUCACACUUUUUUCUGGAGAUUGAUGGCUUUGAAAGCAAUGCAACUCCAAGUAAUACAUCUCCCCCUGUGUUUUCAAAACCUAUGGAUUCAAACAUUCGUCCGUGUGUAUCUGGAAAUGGGGAAGAUAUGGAUUCCCCACAGUCUCUUCAGGAUGACGUGACUGAAUAUAGCCCUAAUGUAGAAAGCUGGUGAGUGGAGACAUGGAGACCUGGGCAGACCAGUGCCCGGAAGAAGCUGAAAAAAUAUAUAUUUAGGGCAGUAUCUGAGGGGAACACAGAGGAAUUGCAAUGUCUGCUUGCAGAGCUGAAGGAAAGAUCGAACACAUGUACAAACAUGACUGUGCCAGAUUAUCUGAUGAAAAAAUUCACAGCUUCAGAUACUGGCAAAACUUGUUUGAUGAAAGCUCUGCUGAACAUCAACCAAAACACAAAUGAGGUAGUGAAUAUGCUACUAUCCUUUGCAGAAGCAAAUGGUAUUUUGGAGAGGUUUAUCAAUGCAGCAUACACAGAAGAGGCAUAUAAAGGCCAGACAGCUCUAAAUAUUGCCAUUGAAAGAAGACAAUCUGAAAUCACUCAGAUCCUUAUAGAAAAAGGAGCUGAUGUCAAUGCUCGUGCCCAGGGUAUUUUCUUUAAUCCAAAACAUAAGCAUGAAGGUUUUUAUUUUGGUGAAACUGCACUGGCACUAGCUGCAUGUACCAAUCAGCCAGACAUAAUUCAGCUAUUAAUGGACAAUACCAGGACUAACAUUACUUCUCAGGAUUCCAGAGGAAACAAUAUCCUGCAUGCACUGGUUACUGUGGCAGAAGACUUUAAAACCCAGAAUGACUUUGUAAUCAGAAUGUAUGAUAUGAUUUUAUUGAAAAGUAAAGAUAGAAAUUUAGAAACAGCGAAGAAUAAGGAGGGUCUGACACCACUACAAUUAGCUGCAAAAACUGGCAAAUUGGAGAUUUUGAAAUACAUCCUCAGCAGAGAAAUAAGAGAUAAGCCCAACAGGAGCCUAUCAAGAAAAUUCACAGACUGGGCUUAUGGUCCUGUUCAGUCUUCUCUUUAUGAUCUGACAGAACUAGAUACCACCACAGACAAUUCAGUACUGGAAAUUAUUGUCUAUAAUACAAAUAUUGGCAAUCGUCAUGAAAUGCUGACUUUGGAGCCUCUGAAUGCCCUUCUGAGAAUGAAAUGGAAGAAAUUUGCACGACACAUGUUUUUUAUGUCAUGUUGCUUUUAUUUCCUGUACAACGUAACAUUAACAUUAGUUUCCUACCACAGGCCUAAUGAAGAUGAAGCUCCACCUUAUCCACUAGCUCUAACACGUGGCAUGGGAUGGCUGCAGUUAUCAGGACAGGUGAUGGUUAUGUUAGGAGCAAUAUUUUUAGCCAUAAAAGAGAGUGUAGCCAUCUUUCUGCUUAGGCCUUCAGAUCUGCAGUCAAUUCUCUCUGAUGCGUGGUUCCACUUUGCAUUUUUUAUACAAGCUGUGCUUGUGAUCUUCUCUGUCUUUUUGUACUUGUUUUCCUACAAAGAACACCUCGUGUGUCUUGUUUUGGCAAUGGCCCUAGGAUGGGCUAAUAUGCUCUAUUUCACCAGAGGUUUCCAGUCCAUGGGCAUUUACAGUGUUAUGAUUCAAAAGGUCAUCCUUCAAGAUGUGAUAAAGUUUUUAGUUGUCUAUAUCGUGUUUUUGCUGGGAUUUGGCGUAGCUCUUGCUGCGUUGAUUAAAACUUGCCCAGACGGCAGUGAAUGCCAUUCCAACAGCAGUCUGGGACCUGUUCUGAUGGAUCUUUUUAAGCUCACCCUAGGACUGGGAGAUCUGGAGAUCCAGGAAAACUCAAAGUAUCCUGUGUUGUUUCUUCUCCUCCUCAUAACUUACGUUGUGUUGACUUUUGUUCUUCUCUUGAACAUGCUUAUUGCACUGAUGGGAGAAACUGUGGAAGAUAUUUCUAAAGAGAGUGAGCACAUUUGGAAACUCCAGAGAGCCAGGACCAUUUUGGAAUUUGAAAAAUUCUUACCAAAAUCUUUGAAGAAAAAAUUCCAAUUGGGAGAACGAUGUAAAGUGGCUGAAAAUGAUACAAGAGUGUGUUUAAGAAUUAACGAAGUGAAAUGGACCGAGUGGAAAACGCAUGUUUCAUUUAUUAAUGAAGAUCCAGGGCCAACAGAUCCAAGCAAAGUUCAAGAUAAUUCAAAAAGUAAUAGCAAAAACACCCUGAAUACAUGUGAUGAAAUGGAUGAUUUGCCUGAAACUUCUGUUUAGUUGCACACUGUUUGAUAUGUGGAUGUUUUGAAGGUUAAGAGCAUCAGGAGCUGAUGUUGAAAUUCUUGUUGAUAUUUUGGACAGCUGUAACCAGCUGUAACACAAACUUUCAGUGACACGAUCUGAUGACUUUAACCCAUCAGAUCAGGGCAGCUAAGCUGAAACAAAGUGGACUAUUUCACUGGUUCAGUUUUGAGCCUCUUGGGGGAAAAAAAAAUGUUGUCCAAGUUUGCAUGACGCUACUCAAACUUGGCUCUAGACUUUGUACUGUUUGAAAAAGAGUCAAAUGUGAGAUAUUUCUUCCUUUUGUGGAAAAUUAAGAUCUUUGAUCUACUCCACUGUCCUUUGUUUUGGAAUCUUUAACUCAUGAGAGACAUUAUACUGAAAAAAGUUCUUGUUAGGGAGAAAAGAAAGGCAUUUCAAUUUUGAAUACUACUAAAUGAAGUAUGUUAUUUUGAAAUAACAAUGUUCUGAAUAUAUUUGAAGCUUUCAUAUUGACUGUCAGUGUUAUUGAGGGCUUGAUCUAUUAAGUUAAGGAAAGCCUCAAGUGAAAAGACACCCUCUUCAAGUCUCAUUAGCUUUGCCUGAUCUGUUUUCCUGUGUAUAAUGCCUAGGGUAUGAUGAGUUUACUGCUUUUUAUUCUGGAGGAUAUAUAUAUGCCUUGCUAUAAAAUAAUGGGGCAGAAACAUAAUUCUUUUAAUGGAGAAUACUUUUGAGUUGGCUCAAAUCACAGUGACUUCAAUUUUCCUGAUAUUACUUGAAUUUUCCGUGCUGUUACAUCUUCUUGCAUAAAAAAGGUUGUCACAUCUGAAAUUCUGCAGGUUUAAGGAAAUUAACUUCUACAUUCAACUACUUUACAAAAAUUGGAAGUCAGUACUUUUUCCCAAAGAAACAAAAUAAGUUAAAUGUAAUGCAACCUUUUAAGAUUUUUUUUUAUUGCUAUUAUUUAGAAGAGUGAGUAAUGCAUUUCUGUAGCACUUUUUAUUUCAUCAUUUGAGAUGACCCAGGACUAUGAGUUAUAUUUUUAGUUUUCUAUUUUUUUGUGUGCAUGUAUAAAAAGAAAUAUUUGUGUUCUAUGGACUUUCAUUAUUCAGUUAAUACGGUAUGCAUCUUAAUUGUCAUGAGUUUUCAUCUAAUAUAUUGAUUUGGUACCUGUUUUAAAGGUGCUAUUUAGAAAACAGGUAAAUUCUGUUCUGUGUUUGAAUGAUAGUAUGAGUUGCAUUGGAUUCUUAUAGUUAAUCCGAAAGCAGGCAAAACGAUCCAAAAGACUGUCUCACCACAAAAGGGAGCAUGAAAGAACUUUCUAGCAGAGAAGUAUAGUGCAAAGUUAUUUGCAGGAAUGGUAAACAUGAUUUUCACUACCAAUUGGUCUUCUCUAGAUGCCAUAUCCUGUGUUCCCUACUAUGUAUAGCCCUGAUAGACAGGGUCAAAGUGAAACCUUCCAUUCAGUUACUUUUCUAGAGGGGACGGGAAUCUGAGGGCAAGGAUAGUCAUGAGUAUCAGUAUACUGGUAUAUCUAAGCAUUGUUUGACCUUCUUAGUAGGGUAUGUGAGUAUGAGAAGAAAAAUUCCUGUCUUCUGGGAAUCUGUAAUCUCUGCUGGUUAAUUUUGCAUUGAAACAGCCCACCAAGAUUUUUGCUUUAGGGCUAUGCAGUUCUUUUGGGAUUCUUUUGAAUUCCAGUUUUUAUACCAAAAAAUACCUCUUCACAUAUAUUCAGGAACCAGGAUAAACUAGCUUGCGCUGUACUCCACAUUACUGUGGACUUCUCAUUUAAAACAAGUUCAGAUGUGUCUGUGCUGUAUUGAGGUCGCUAUGUAGGCAUAGCCGUAAGACAGAGAAGGCACAACAAAUGCAAGGAACUUGCUGUGAUGAUGUCCACAUACAAAAGUGUGUGAUAAAACUGAGGAAGGAGCUGGAGGGUUGGUUCUAGAAGUUCCUCCUUGAGAAAAUACUUUGUGUUUGUGGCCACAGAGCCUGGCCAUAUCACGCAAACCAGUUGUUUACUGUCUCGUAUGUUUGUUGAGGCUCUGAGCAAGAACUCCAUGAAUGACUACAACAGAUCAGUCUGA